AUGAUUUCAUCAUCAACAUCAAUUUCAAAUAAUACCAAUAAUAGAAGCGAAAAUAAUAGCGGAGAAAUUCUUUCAUUAGCUUUAUUAAAUCAAUACGAAAAACAAAAAGAUAAAGAGGAUGCAUUAAUAGUGUUAAAUCCAAUAACAUCACCAUUUAAGGUUUUUAAUAAUGUUCCAAAUCAACAUAGUUCAUAUGGAACUGCAAAUUCGAUUGCAAUCGGUUCAAAAUUUUAUAUUAUUUCAGCGGCACCAAUUUUUGAUUCAUAUAGUGGCGAUUUUAAAAAAGAGAUUACAAUGUCCAUUGGGUCUUCAAAUGAACAAUUAAAGAUUAUAAAGUUGUUUGUUGUAGAAUCAAUAAAUAUAGCAAUAACAUAUUCAAUACAUAAUUUACCAUUCAUUACAAAUUUUAUAAACGAAAUUGGUAGGGUCAGAGUAAAGCAAUUAAGUAAUACUAGUCUCUAUAGCGAAAUUUAUAAAGAGGGUCAAAGGGUCAGAAAAAAUGGUAUGGGAUCAGGGUUUACUAGCGGCAUAAUCAUAAAGAAUCUAUCUCAUUUAAUUUUAUUAAAUCCAGAGUUUGCCAAAGGUGGUGAUGGUGGUUCAUUGGUGGUUAAUGACGAUUCUUUAGUAAUAGGUGUUGUUUUAUCAGGAAAUCAAAAUCAUGUAAUUGCAGCAAAAAUUGAUAUUUUUAAUUCUUUAUUUGAAAAUAAAUAG